CAGUACAACUACAAGAUGGAUUAUGAGACCUCGGUCAAGGGUAUUGGCUGGGUUCCAAUUGGUUCUCUUGAGGUUGAAAAAGCCAAAACGGCAGCAGCAGCUCUGAAUGAGAAAAAGUACAGGCAGCACCCUCACACCAUCAAGUUCACCAGUACUACUGACUCCAUGAGCAUGGAGCUGGCUAAGACCAAUGCUAAGAUCAUGAAUGAGAAAGAGUACAAAGCCAGCGGAGAGAAGUUCAUGCACACUUACAAUCUCCCUCCUGAUGCCCCCCAAUUUCUGCAAGCCAGAUACAAUGCUGCCAACAUCAGCCAGAAUUAUUACACUUAUUCUCACCGCCAAGAUCUGCUCAAAGGACAUCACGUGAAAGAGGAUUCCAUUCCCAUCGUAGCAGCCAAAAGUUCAAGAAACAUCGCCAGCAAUUACAAGUAUAAGCUGGCCUAUGAGAAGGCGAGAGGCCACCACGUUGGCUUCCGCAGCCUCCAGGAUGAUCCUCUGCUGGUUCACUACAUGCAAGUGGCAAAGAUGCAGAGUGACAAGAACUACAAGAAGGACUACCACAAGUCCAAGCUGAAGUAUCACUCCCCAGUGGACAUGCUCAGUGUGGUCCAUGCCAAGCAGGCUUCUGCUGCUCAGACUAUGGCUGGAUACAGACGCAUUCAGCACACUAAUGCUCUCCUGCCUGAUGCCAUGAACCUGGAACUUACUCGUAACAUGCAGCUCAUUGCUAGUGAUAACCAGUACAAGAGUGAGUAUGAGCACUACUUCAAAGGAAUAGGAUGGGUCCCUAUUGGAUCGCUUUCAGUUGAGACGGCUAAAGUUGGCGGUCAAAUUCUUAGUGAAAAGAAAUACCGCACUCAUCCAUCCAACCUCAAGUACAGCAAGCUGAUGGACUCUAUGGACUUGACUCUGGCUACUGCCAACAAUCAGAUCAUGAACAAGAAAGCAUACACUGCAGCAUGGGAAAAGGACAAACUGACUGUUCAUAUUAUGCCAGAUGCUCCUGAGAUUCUCCUUGCAAAGGCUAAUGCCCUCAAUAUGAGCAAUAAACUUUACAAAGCUGGUGUUGUGGAGAUGGCUAAUAAAGGCUACAACCUCAAAGCAGAUGCUAUCCCCAUUCUGGCUGCCAAGUCU